AUGUCUGUCCUGUUGAGUGCUCAGGACCCUCAUGGGCCGGAGAUACGAGAGAAGCAUGCCUCGGAUGCAUCGCAGCAUUCUGUGAAUAGUCAGGCCGCAGCAGUGGUGGCGUCAAAACCAUCCUUCCAUUUGACUGCCCCUAGCGGAUGGAUGAAUGACCCGUGUGGACUCGGAUAUGACCCGAUCACAAGGCUAUACCAUAUCUUCUUUCAAUGGAAUCCCCAUGGCAAUGACUGGGGCAACAUGUCCUGGGGACACGCCACCUCCACAGAUCUAGUAUCUUGGAAUGUCUUUCCUGAGCCAGCCUUGACGCCAUCAGCAGAGUAUGACCGCUGUGGAGUGUUUACGGGAUGUCUUCAAGCGACAGAUCCAUUGGGAAGCCCGGGAUCAUUGACGGGAAUCUAUACAUCUGUCCAUCAUCUACCGCUCCACUAUACACUUCCCUAUAUUCCUGGCUGCGAGUCACUCAGCCUGGCUGUCUCACAGGAUGGCGGAUUAACAUGGAAGCGGCAGAAGUGCAAUCCGAUUCUCACUGGUCCACCAGCACAUUUAUCCGUCACUGGCUGGAGAGACCCUCAUCUGACGACUUGGCCAGCAGUCCAACGGACGACUCCAGAGCGAUCUACCCCCCAGGAUCAGGAUCAAUUCAAGGGCAUCGUUGCGGGAGGGAUCGUUGGCAGAACGCCCGCGAUCUUUGUGUACAAGGUCAAGCCGGCAAAUCUCGGACAAUGGGUAUAUACAGGCCUGCUUCUCGACCUCGGGCUGAACUUUCACCCGUCGCGCUGGUCCGGAGAUUUCGGGGUGAACUGGGAAGUGAGCAACCUGGUCACGCUCGCCAAUGAAGCCGGUGAUUGUCGAGAAUUCGCCAUCAUGGGCGCGGAAGGAUGCUUACGGGCCGAGCGCACUCCGUGGACCACACCAGGCUCGGCCCAAUAUAAGCGACAAGCUCGUGCUCAGCUCUGGAUGUGCAUCAGACAAAGAUCAGAAAUCCGCAGUGACGAGGUGUUAGCAGAUUAUGCUUUCAGUGGACAUUUCGAUCAUGGCUGCUUGUAUGCAGCCAAUUCAUUCUGGGAUCCUAUCACGUCUCAAAGGGUUGUGUACGGAUGGAUUACAGAGGAAGAUCUCCCCGAUGGGCCUCGACAUCGACAGGGCUGGAGCGGAGUCAUUUCCAUUCCUCGGGUGGUAGCGCUGACGACCAUUCGUGGUGUAACCAAGGCCAGAAGCUCGGAUUUGAAGUCCAUCACUUCUAUUGAGAUUAUCCCGGAGGAUCCAUUCCCGAUGGACUCGAAUAUGGGGCAGGAAAGGCAAACCUAUACGAUACACACAUUAGGGAUCAAGCCUGAUCCAAGGCUAUCAUCCCUCCGAAAAGGAGCCGAAAGGAAAUCCAGCGCGCUUGCCAGUCGACUGCCAGUUGCUCUUCGAAAUUCAUCUCGCGAGUCGGUGGAACUUGCAACCUCUCGCUGGGAAGUGCAAGCCGAAUUCAGAGUCAACCACUCCUGUGAACAGGUGGGAAUUGAAAUUACCCAUUCACCGGACUUCCAAUCCACAACAACACUAUCAUGGAGCCCCUCAACCGAGACAUUCACAAUCCACCGACCCGCUCUCCAAGACCAAACCAUCAAUCAUGGCUACGAAUCCGCUCCCCACACUCUCUUCACCAAGAAGAAUCUACACAGCCAUGACGACCAAGUCAAUAAGCCAGAAUCUCAUGAAAUCGAAGAACCUCUACAAAUCCACUUAUUCUACGACAAGUCCGUGCUCGAGGUCUUUGUCAACGAUCGCACCGUGAUUUCAACCCGGAUAUAUUAUCCACCUCAAUCGCAGCAUUCUUCAUCGGGUGAAUGUUUCGGUGUAAAAUUCUUUGCAAAGUCGACGACUGAGGAUGAAUCUUUGCCGACGACGCUAAUCAAGGCUGAGGUCUGGGAUGGUCUUGCCGAGAGUAUGCGAUUUUGA